GCGGUUCUGUUGAGCGUCCUUUCACAUGUGCGCAAGGGUCACUGGAAGGUAUCGACAGUAUCGACGUGUGAAUUCAUGUAGAAGUGUUUUCUUUCGUCAUGUAAAUUGCUUGCUGUUUGGUUUAAUUAACUAAUUAACGACACCAAGGACGGCUCCAUUAUGUCCAACGUCGAUCGCGUUCCAACCACUCAAGACGACAAAAUGAAGGGCGGAUCGACCGCCCUGAAAGCGACGGUCUCCGCUCUCCGUCGAGCUCGCUCCGACACGGAAAGGUUCGCUGCACUGAUGGUGCUCACAAAAGCCGUGAGUGCCGAAAGCCUAAACUCGGACGACCUCACCAAGAUCUUGAACGCCGUCGGAGUGCCUUUCCUCUUGAGAUUACUGAGAACGAACGAAGCCCCCGAAGGAUGUCCGCCUGAGCUCUUUCGCUCGCUGGGGCUGGAACUACUUGGUGUGUUCGCGUCUGACGAAAAACUCUCUGACGUUCUGGCUCCUACGAUCGAGCCUCUCGACGAACUUGUGUCCAGCGAUGACGAUGAACUCUCUAGUCAGGCCAUCGCGUGCGCAACCAGGUUCGCGGAACACCAAUCCGGGCGCCGAGCGCUCAUGUCUGUCGGGCUGGACUCGAAACUCAGUGCCUUCUUGGCGAAACCAGACGGAGUCCGCCUCCUCACAUCGUUGGCUGGCAAUCCCGACGUUAGGCUUAGGACUCCGUCUUCCCUUUUCAAAAGCGCGGCGUCGGCAUUCCAAAAAGACGGCGGAGAAGCUAAGUUCGCGGUGUGUCGUCUACUAGCGGCGCUUUUGGCGCGCGAUGACUUAGCGGACGACGCCGUCACGUCGGCGUCUUCGGACCUACGUGCGGGACUACGGCAAGCUCUAGGAAGCCGGCUUGGCUCGAAGAUGCGGUCUGACGUCUUCGAACUUCUCGCAGCGUUGGUUUCUCGUGUUGGGACGUCGUGGGCUUUAACCCCCGACGACGAACCGUGGGCCCUAGCCGUCUCCCUGGCCGCGGUCGAAGUGCGGGUUCAGCUGGAGUUCGGCAAGCCGGACGUGGCUUUGCUGUUACGAUGCUUCUUGUUGCUGGAGGCUGCUCUCGAAGGAGCUCACGACCUGACAAGCAAGAGACUCUUGCAGCUCAGAGGACGAGUGGAAGACGCCCUGGCAGCAGUCCUAGGCUUCGUACGACAGAACUGCCCCCAGGAAGAAGUGCCCCAUGGUGAGAGAGACCCCUUAGUCCUGGCCUCUGGCCGUCUCGUCUGCUCCUGGCUUUCCCAGGACUGCAGCUCCCUGCGUCCCCAGCUGGUCCAAGCCCUCCCGACGCUCCUCCACCUGGCAUCCCAGGAAGAACAGUCCCUUCUCCCCCUACUCGUCCCCGGACUAUGCCAUGUGACAGCUGACCCCGAGUUGCGGCCGCUGGUCCUGGCAUCGCCCAUCCUUCUGAAUCUGUGGCACCAUCUACAGGCCUCCUCAGGCGUCGCGCUCGAGACUGCCUGCGGCGUCUUCCUCAACGUCGUGGUCCUGGAGCAGGAUUUUGUGGCUUUGGCUCCAGCUCCGUUUCCGGAGCUGCUCGGCUUCUGUGUGCGGACCGUGGUUUCGCCAACUCGACAGCUCCAGCCCGUCCUCAGAGCUAACUUGGUCGUGUUGGGGCUCUUUCUGCUAAAGCUGGGAUUGAAGACGGCGUCGACGGAGCUGUGCGCUGAUGAUCUGCGGGCCUUUUUAGUUGAGGCGCGUCGCUUCGUGAAGUCGCCGCCGGGACCUCUGGAAGACAAGGAGGAUGCGACCGAACUGUGUGAGCUUCGCCUUUUGGGAGUGCAAGUGUUGCAGGAACUUCCCAAAAGCCUGGUUCCUGACUUUUCGGAUUGAGGAGGCUCCGUAUGCCACCUCAACUGAGCGGAGUAUGAACAAUAAAUAAUGUUAUGUGUCUGAAAUGGUUCCAGCCAUUCCCAGGUGUGUCCGUUGGUCUCGUCAUGGGAGGAGAGGUACUUACUGGUGGCUGCAGCUCUGUCUGUUUAUGCCGAGUGCAUGUUUGCAUUUAUUAACUUGUAAGUGAGAAACAUUGUGCUUGCAAAAAACAACUUGGCUGUGGAGGCCAGCAAAUACAUUCUAUUGACAUGACUUGUGAAGAAUUUACUAGCAGCAGCUUUUGAAAUUGCAAGGGAGCAUGUGAUCUGAACUCUGGUCAAUGAACAAAACUUUUUUCUUCUUAUUUUGACUUAUUUAAUAAUGCGGUUGCAUCUCAAAGCGCUUAAUUGAUCUUCUGACUUGUCUGAUUGGUUAUGUCACCAAAAAAAUACAAAUAAAAGUUUUUGUGAAACGUUAAAAAAAAAAAA